UUUUUCGUUGUACAUCUAUUGCAUUUUUCUUUCUUAAAUAACACAACCAAACACUCCUCCCGUCUUAACUCUCACUAUUUUCAUUCAUUCUCCUCUCAAGUUAUUUCAUUCACCUUCUAAAUAUGGGAGAAGCUCAAGAUCUUCAACUUCAAAAAAUGGAACUCAAUGAAGCCAAAGAAACAUUCUCAUUGGAGCAAAAUAGUUUUAAAGAUCAAAUAAUGAAUGGAUCAAUCAUGACCAAUAAGAAAAGAAUAUACUAUAUCAAGGUAGCAAUUUAUGCAGCACUUGUGUUAGUAGGCCAAUCAUCUGCAACACUUCUAGGAAGAUUAUAUUAUGAAAAAGGAGGAAAGAGUAAAUGGAUGGCAACCGUUGUUCAACUUGCUGGUUUCCCAAUCCUACUACCAUAUUAUUUUUUCAUCUUAUCAUCCAAAAAACUUACCACAAAUAAUAAUAUCAUUGUUGAUCCAAAUCAAUCAUCUACAUACAUGCUAGCUUUUGUCUAUGUCUCAAUUGGCCUAAUUAGUGCAUUAAUUUGCUACUUAUAUUCAUUAGGGCUAAUGUACCUCCCUGUCUCUACUUUUACACUUAUAGGCUCAUCCCAAUUAGGUUUCAAUGCAUUAUUUUCCUACUUCCUCAAUUCACUCAAGUUCACACCUUUCAUAAUCAACUCUUUAGUCCUUCUAACAAUUUCUUCCUCCCUCCUUAUGUUCCAAAGUGAAUCCUCAAACUCCACAAAUGUUUCCAAGAAAAUGUAUUCCAUUGGAUUCAUAUGCACUUUAGUUGCAUCUGCAGGGUAUGGGUUGAUCCUUUCCCUUACACAACUAGCUUUCAAGAAGGUUGUGAAAAGGCAAAAUUUUAAAAGUGUGAUGGACAUGAUAAUAUAUCAACAAAUGGUAGCUACUUGUAUUACUCUAGUAGGACUUUUUGCAAGUGGAGAGUGGAAUGGUAUAAAGAAUGAAAUGGAAGAUUAUGAGUUGGGGAAAGCUUCUUAUGUCCUUGAUCUCACUUUUAUAGCCAUAACUUGGCAAGUCUUUAGUAUUGGUUGCGUUGGACUAAUUUUUGAGGUUUCUUCACUAUUCUCUAAUGCUAUAAGUGUUUUAGGUAUGCCUAUUGUUCCUAUACUAGCUGUGGUUUUCUUUCAAGACAAAAUGCAUGGGAUUAAGGCCAUUUCUAUGGUACUAGCUGUUUGGGGCUUCAUAUCCUAUGUGUAUCAACAAUAUUUGGAUGAGAACGACGUCAUAACCGAAACGAGAAACACUCCUCACAUUAGCAAACAUUCUUCAACUUUAGAAGAGGGUAACUAAAGAGGGUGAUUGUCGAUCUGGGUUAACAUGAUAUCCGAAUCAAGUAGAAUCAAUUCAAUAUGUAAAAGGAUUAGGUUUGUUCAUAACAUUGAUUCAGCUUAUAUUCUUGUGAACCAUAUAUGUUUGAUUAGGGUAUGGUGUUGAAUACUUAAACCAACUUUCAAUAUUGUUGGUGAUUUUAAAUUUAUUACAUCUUGAUGAAAAUUGUAUUUUAAAGUUUUAUGAAUGUGAUAUUUUUUAGGAAACAAA